AGGUUCAAGGAUUGUUUUAUCAAACGUCACACAAAGAAAUAUUCAUCACACAACCUUUACUUACGAUCAGGUAUUUUAACACUAACUUGAGGCUUUAACAUAAUUUAAUACCUUUUGUACUAAAACACGUUACAAAAAUGGAUGAAAACAGCUUUUAUGGUGAUAAAGAUUUAGUAAAAUCUGAAGACUAUCUGUAUGUGGCUGCUCUGGAUUUUGGGACCACAUACUCAGGGUAUGCCUUUAGCUCUCGAUCUGAAUACAGGGAAAGCCCUCUUAAGAUCCACGCGAAUCAGGCCUGGAAUGCUGGAGGGAGUUCCUUGGCAUCAAUGAAGACCCCUACUUCUCUUCUUCUGGACUCUGAAGGUGGAUUUGUCUCUUUUGGUUACGAAGCUGAAAACAAACACGGUAGUUUGGUGAUGGAUGGAGACAGCGAUAAUUAUUUGUUCUUCUCUAGAUUUAAAAUGAAACUCCACAACCGAGAUCUCUUAAAAGAAGACACCCAAAUACCUGAUAUCUCCGGGAAACCUUGGCCAGCGAAAGAUGUGUUCACAAAAUCCAUUAAAGCUUUAAAGGACCAUCUGAUGGACCGACUAUCAUUGCAAGGAUUUGAUAUUACAACAAGUGAAAUUCGAUGGGUGCUUACGGUCCCUGCUAUAUGGAGCGACUCUGCAAAGAAAUUCAUGCGCAAAUGUGCAGAACUUGCUGGGAUACCUGGUGAACUGUUGUCUAUUGCUCUGGAACCAGAAGCAGCAUCUAUAUACUGCCAACAUCUCCCAGACCAUAGAAACUCUGGUUACUUAUCCGAAAGAGGGACCAAAUAUAUGAUAAUAGAUAUAGGAGGUAAGUUUAAGAGUUGAUAAAGUAAGUACACAACACAUCUGAUAACCUUACAUAUUUCCGCGUCUCACUAACAACGAUAAUUCUGUAAGCAAUAGUUUUAUGUUAAUUAAAAAUUAAAUGCAGCAUGUAGCAAAAUUUAUCACACUAUUUUCAAGAAAGAAAUUAUCUAUCUCUUGUUAUACCCCCGUUUGAAAAGUAGUAGGAUAUACAUGUAUAGUGAUCGUGAUGUCCGUCCGCCAUUCUGUCU